GUUCCCAAAAAAGUUAUGUUAAAAUUCUUCAAAAAGGCUAUAGUUUCUCCAGAGCCCAACAGACCGUGUACACCGAAAGGAGGUCUGUGACCCACUGUAAUAUGGCGACUGGCAAUGACAACAAACAAAAUAUAAAUAUUCUAGCUGGCGUUACUGGAAGUGUAGCUUCAAUAAAACUUCCCAUUCUUGUUGAGAAACUACUAGAAAUCCCCAAGGUUUGUUUUAAGUUGUUUAUAUUUACGAUUUGUUAAAAGCUAAAGACUUAAUAGCUGUGUUAAAAAUAUAACGUGGCGUGUGUGAUAUUUCGUGGGCUGUGCGUGUGUUACACGAAAGGCGAAUGAGGUCUUUUCUGAUUGGUUGUUCUCCGAAAUUAUAUGCGGUUUCUCAUUGGUUGUUUAAGUUUUCAGUUCAUUGGUUGAUUUUGAGUUUUGGAUUAGCCAAUCACAUGUGACUAAAAUGGCAUCUUGAUUUCAUAUUUCUAAAAAAUGUGGGAACUAUUUUUACUAUUUGAUGAGUAGCAUAAUAUACUGUAUAAAGGAUAAAUAUAUAACUUGAAAGUAAACAUACAGUGUUUUUAUGCCAUCUGUGAUCUGGUAUUUUAGACUGAAUAAAAUAAUAAAGCAAAUUGCAUUGGGCAUCAUUGUCGGUUAAUUUAACAAGUAAUAUCAGCAGGUGUACCCAAAUACAUACUAAUGUCCAACUUUUUUCCCUCAAUGAGUAAUAUCAUCUCAUGACGAUAGAGAGAGUAAAAUCUAGGGAAUGCCGUACAUUAGAGUGCAUUGUGAGUUAAUAUUUACCAAAUAUGAAUUACAUUGUUUAAUUAAAUAAAGGUUAGUGUCAGGGUGAUUGCCACCCAGAAUUCAUUUCAUUUCUUCGACCGAACCUCAAUUCCUUGUCAAAUUUAUGAAGAUAAAGAUGAGUGGCAGGUCAGUGUUUGAUUAUAGUCAUUACAUCCAAGGGCUGAGGAGACAAUUCCCCAGGCCCAAAGGUAAAGGCGCUCCAAUCUACCCCAGACCCUUUUGGACACCCUAUAGUACAUUUUGCUGUUAUCAGGAAGACUAAGUACAUUUUCCUUUCUCCCCAUGCAGACAGCAGGAAUGUCUUCAGGGGAGGAGUGUGGAUCUUUUCUGGAACGACCCAGUAGCAAAGAUAUUAGAGUCAAAUAGUUUCCCAGAAUGGAGGAAUUUGUCAUUCCUAAAAGCUUACAUUUCAGGAUUUUAUGUCCUUAAUGUGUAUUGAGAAUAUUAUUUAAAUGUAAUUAAAGAAGAUGAUCCAGCUGAUUGUUAUAAGAGUUCAAGGAUAUGUAAAUCAGCACAACUGCACAAGAGCACAUGACCCCAAAGAUCUUUGAUGUUGGAGAAUCAACUAAGGACCCAAACUUAUAAUUUGUCCUGGGCCCCCAAACUUCACUGAGCAGCCCUGCUUGAAUUAAAUUCCCAACGUGCAGAUUUCCAUGGCUCUGUCCUCAUACUUAUUUACGUGAUUUUUUACAGACUUGGAAAAAGAUAGGAGACCCUGUUCUUCAUAUAGAGGUAGGAGUUCAAUUUGCAUUAUGUAUGAUUGUAUGAUACAUUCAUUCUUUUUAUAACCAUUCAUUAACUAUUAAGGUACCAUGCACCCUAAUACAUCAUACGAGAAUAAUUAAAUAUAAUUAUAUAAUGUCGUUUUAGUUGCGAAGAUGGGCAGAUCUGUUUCUUAUCGCACCUCUUGAUGCUAAUACUAUGGCUAAACUUUCUCAUGGAAUAUGUGAUAACUUAUUGGUAAGGGAAAAACCAUGAGCCUUAAUUGAUGCACCAUGGUAUUAUAAAUCUAAACCAACUUUUUAAUAUAGUUCAUGAUAGCAGAAUAAGCUAGUCCUAAACUGUUCUUCAUUGAGGCCUGGUACGUUAUUUCUUUUGGUCAUCUGUUCCUUGGGGAGAAAACCGUUGUAUGACUUUUACUCCAUAAACUUAUUUCGAUCAUAAUAUAUAUUACACCAUAUGUUUUUUAGACAAGCGUAGCGAGAGCCUGGGAUCCAUCGAAACCAUUCUACUACUGCCCAGCAAUGAACACUCACAUGUGGCAACAUCCAUUGACACAAGAACAGCUUGAAAAACUUCAGUCUUUAAAAUACAUUCAAAUUCCUCCGAUCUCCAAAACCCUGGCGUGUGGCGAUUGUGGUAAGUCUGGCAGAAUCAAAUCGUAUAAAAUUACAUACCUACAAAGCAACAAUCUUGGACAAACUGUCAAUGAAAUAGAUCCGAAGUUAUAGUAAAAACACUUUCUGCCGGAAGAAAAAUCCACUAGAUAGUGUAAACGCACUUCUGCCUGGCCUAUAGGCCAGGAAAUCUGGGCCCAUCAGAACAGGUGGCCUAGGUUUCCUGGCCUAUAGGCCAGGAAAAACUGCGUUUACACUAUAAAAAUCUAGUCCAAAGCUAGGCCUACUCCAGGCUUAGUCUCGUAGUGUAAACACGGCUCAAUUCACUGAGCUUUACGAAUUUCUUAUUUAUUGAUAGGUAUUGGUGCUAUGGCUGACGUUUCAACAAUUAUCGAGAUAGUUCGGGGGAAAGUCGAUGCGACACAAGGACUCCUAGUGUAAAACACAAAUACAGUGAAAAAUUGAUGAUUUUAUCAGUGACAACAACACAGAAGUGUGAUAAACCAAUUGCACCACUCCACCCCUUAUGUAGGGGAAAUUAACAAUUCCAGAUAUACAGUUUGAUUUCGUACGUGAUGCCAUGGCUUGCAUCUCAUG